UUUUCGUUUUUGAUUUGAGGCACGUAGUGGGCAUAGCUGCCUUGUAUAGGACCGUCUCACCCUGUGAAAAAACGGGAACUCCUAUUCGGUGCUUCAGGCGCCGAUAGUUUUUUUUUAGACAAUCUCGCAAAAUUUUAAAAAACGGGAGCUCCUAUUCGGGGCUUUAGGCGCUUAUAGUUCUUUUAGACAAUCUCGUAAAAUUUUAUUAAACCAUCACAAUGUUUACAGGGAUAAAAGACAAUCCACCAGACUGACCUGACAAAAUAUGGCAGCCAACCCCAAAAGAUAACGCAUGUGCUUCUGCAUUGGAACUCCUAAAUUCAUGAAGUAUAUAUUACAUGAAAUAAAACAUCAGAAUGUUCCUUGAUCUCCUCAAUAAUUGGCCCAUAUGUAGCAAGUAGCAACACCUCCCUGCUAAAUUUCAUCGACAACCACCUUGAAAUUAGAGGCGACAUGUAUAUGCUGCAAGUUGAGAUCCUCUGCCAGAUCGAGGGCCUCUCGUACAGCUAGCGCUUCGAGCGUAGUUAGAUCGCUGAUUCUGGUAAACACAACGCCGAGGCUCCCAGGAAAGCUCCUGUGUGGUCCCUGCUUAUGGCGCCCACUGCUCCAUAUCUUCCAGCUCUAUCAACCACAGCACAAUGUUUACUUUAGAGGUAAUUCCUUGGGUACGCCUGUAGAUCAUGAAACGCUCGCAACUGGGCUAGAUAUUCAAGGCUUGAUCAGUUGAGUUCACCCAAGUAAGGAUGUUAUGAAUCCGUUUAUAGCCCGAGGGCUUUAAAAAAUGCCUUCAUGGAGAGCUUCUCUUCGUUUGACAUGUACUAGAUUCCCUAAACUUAUGAUCGAUGGACCGUAUGGUGCGCCAGCACAAGAUUACCGGGAAUAUGAUGUGUUGUUGCUCAUCGGACUUGGCAUCGGAGCCACCCCUUUGAUCAGCAUUGUGAAGGAUGUGCUUAACCACAUCCAGCGUGGGGAAUCGGUUGGCGGAACAGAGCCGGACGGCAGUGGCAAGGCAAAGAAGAAACCAUUCAUGACCAAGAGGGCCUACUCCUACUGGGUCACAAGGGAAGAGGGCUCCUUUGAGUGGUUCAGAGGGGUGAUGAACGAGGUGGCUGAGAAGGACAAGGACGGAGUGAUUGAGCUCCACAACCACUGCUCGAGCGUGUAUCAAGAGGGCGAUGCUCGUUCCGCACUCAUCGUCAUGCUCCAGGAACUCAACCAAGCGAAGAAGGGAGUCGAUAUUUUGUCCGGAACCAGCGUCAAGACCCACUUUGCCAGGCCUAACAGGCGAAGCGUCUUCAAGCGCAUCGCAGUCAACCAUGAGAACCAACGCGUCGGGGUUUUCUACUGCGGCGAGCCUGUUCUUGUGGCACAGCUGCGGCAGUUGUCGGCAGACUUCACCCACAAUACAAACACAAAGUUUGACUUUCACAAGGAGAAUUUCUAAUUAUAUACUAUAUAUAGCUGAUGUAAGAACCUGUCUAUGUAUGGUCUGCUUCAUAAUAAGGUAGAGAAAUAGUAAUACAGGUUUCUUAUUUGGCCCGGUUUAGACACUUUAUCACGAGAUCGCGAUUACUGAACAAAUCGCGAAACCGGUUCAGACACUUCAGACACUAUCG